GUCCGACGUGAUAGCGUUUUAGACGUAAAGUUGUUUUUGUUGCUGCCUAAUGUUUUACAUAGUACAAACAAAGUCAGUCUGACAUCUGUUAUUUAUCAUUAUCUACAUAAAAACGAAAUGAUAAUCAAUCAUACAAACAGUAAGAAAAUUCAUAAAACGAAGUUGAACUUAUUUUAGCAUUUUCUGAUUGGCCGCUGUGGCCCGAUAUGGCGACUGUUGAUCAGCUUGUUUUUCAGUUUUCCAGUGCAGUGAACAUUAUAGACAGUAAUACCAAAGCUUUGCAUGAAAUUUUGGUAGCAUUUGACGCAUUAGCAAGACACUUGUUAAACAAUAAAUCAGAGGAGCAGAUUAAAAUUGAAAGAAUUGACCAGGUGACGGUGGAGGUAAAAUGUACAUUUCUGAAGAUAUGGGACAUCGACACGCUCACUCAGAAGUAUAAUGGCGAGGUCUUCAUUCAGGCCAAAUGGCCAGAUCCAGGCAUAAAUACACGUAAUCCAGUUUAUGAUCCAAAGUAUUUCUGGAAUCCCAAACUUGUUAUUAAAAAUGUGGCCGGUGACCUAACCGUGAACAGAAAAUCGUACAGCGUUAGCUUUGUGGAACCAGGUGCUUCUUUUCCUGUUGUUAUUCAGUACUGGAUGAUCAAAGGAAUCUUCGAAGAGAAUCUUGAACUGCAGCAUUUCCCUUUUGAUGUUCAGGAUGUAACUAUUCAGGUGUCCACCGAGCGAUCGACUAAAGAGGUGAGGAUAAUCGAGGACCAACAUAUGAUGAGCACGGUGAACCCAGCAUGUCUCGAUGGCCAGGAUUGGACAAUCUACCGCCAUGUCGAGUGUUUCCAAGACAUCACUACCAUGGAGUAUGCCAGCCUGUACGAGCACCCAGUCCUGUUCAUACAGUGCCGAGCAUGCAGGAAAGUCGGGUAUUUCGUAUGGAAUAUUAUUGGCAUUGUUUUAAUGAUUAUGUUACUGACAUUUGGAACACUGGCCAUCGACCCGAAUAUUCCAGACAGAAUGGUUAUAACGAUCACUCUCUUUCUGACACUUGUUGCCUUUAAACUGGUUGUCAAGUCUAACCUGCCAACUAUUUCAUAUCUUACAUAUCUGGACAAGUAUAUCCUGGCGUCACUCGUGUUUUUAGGAAUUCAGACUGCGGAGAGUGCGGUAAUGGAUGCCCUCACCAGAGUAUACACCAUGGAUGAGGUUAUCUACUAUGACCAGCUAGUAAUGCGUGUGAUUGCCACCACCCUAUUUCUUUUUCAUGUUAUAUUUUGGAUCUACAUUUACAAUACGGCAUUCAGUAAAAGAAGGCUUAUGUUCGAAAAAGACCAACUAUACCUGAAAAAACGUGUCUACCUACAUAAGCACGGUGUGUUGGACACACAUCAUCAAUCUGCUGAACAUGAGUCUUCAUUUGGUGAGAAGACUUCUUUAAUAAGUAAAUGAUGGAGUACGGGCCAUGUAUCUCGAGACGAUAAUCUGAUUCUGUCCAUAUCAGGGUUUGAAUUCAAGAAUUUGUUGCCCACAGCAAUUUAAAAUACACAUUGUCAAUUGAGCAACAUCAUUAAGUUCAAGCCCUGGCACAUCAUUGUUAAAUUUAUGCUUACGAACUACCAGUCUACAUAUAAACUGCAUACCAAUUCUCACCAAAAACCAGAGGAAACAAAGACGACGAUGAUAAUGUUUGUCAUCUACAGAAUAUGACGUGAUGCUUGCCUGUUAAAGGGACAUUCCUGAGUUUGCUGCAUUGUAAGAUGUUUUCCGACUAAUAAAAUAUUUCUAUGAUUAAAAUUACAAAUUAAAUAUAUUUUCUUGUUUAGAAUAUCAGUGUCUGUAUAUUC